AUGUGUGGCACAGGAUAUGUCGACGAUAAGACUGACUGGUUCAAUGCAAAGCGAGCUGCCGUGUUGCUGACUAUAGUAGGGGUGGCCUUGGCUACUCCAGGUUUCUUCAAGUUCCUCCAUGGAGGAGGAGGAGGAGGAGGAGGCUAUGGGGGAGGAGGGGGAGGAGGUAAAGGCCAUGGAGGAGGAAGAGGAAUUGGUCAUACAGGAAGGGGAAGAGGCUACGGAGGAAGAGGAGGAGGAGGAGGAGGAGGAGGAGGAGGAGGGUCAUCAGGCCUUGGAGUGACUGUAGUUAGUAUUUCGUAUGGAGGAGGUGGAGGAAAAGGAGGCAAAGGAAAUGGAGGUGGAGGCGAUGGCGGCCACGGAGGAAGAGGGGGAAGAGGCAUAGGUAUCUAUGGGAAUGGAGGAGGAGCAGGUUAUGGAGAAGGAGGAGUAGGAGGAGGGAUAGGUAUCUAUGGGAAUGGAGGGGGAGCAGGUUAUGGAGCAGGAGGAGGUACCUUUGUACUGAAUGGAUAUGAGGGAGGAGGGUCAUUUGGAGGCGCCUACGGAAGUGGUGGUAGUGCUGGCAUUUACGGAGGGGGUAAUGGAGAUGGCGGAGGUGUUUACGGUGGAGGUAGUGGAGGUAGCGAAAGGGGGUAUGGAGGAGGGAAUGGAAUAGGUGGAGGCGUUUAUGUAGGAGGCACUGGAGGUAAUGAUGGAGGUUACGGAGGAGGGAAUAGAAUAGGUGAAGGAGUUUAUAUAGGAGGCACUGGAGGUAAUGCUGGAGGUUAUGGAGGAGGUAGUGGAGGUGGAGGCGGAGAUUAUGGAGGAGGGAGUGGAAUAGGUGGAGGAGUUUAUGUAGGAAGCACUGGAGGUUAUGGAGAAGGCAGUGGAGGUAAUGAUGGAAGCUAUGGGCACAUCAUACUAUCAGGGGGAGGCGACGGUAGUGGAGGGUAUGGAGGAGACGGAGGAUCUAUUGGAGGAAGAGGAGGAGGAAAAGUGAUCAUCAUAAGAGAGGGAGAGAGCGAGAGCGGAGGGCAUAUUGCCACAGGAUACGGAAAGUAAGGAGAGAUCGUUAGCCACAAAAAGCAAUUACCAUAAACGAUGCUUCAAACAAUGAAGACUGGCACGCUGAAGAAAAUAAGCCCUUUGAGAUGACUGGACAUUGAAUUCUGAGCAUUAUUUAUACUUUCUUUCAUUUCGCACUUGAAGUUGGGAAUGAGGAUCGAUGAAUGGAUUUGUCUGUUUCUGUGUCAGAAUUUGUGAUAUUAUUUCAUCUAAUAUAUUUGACACACCAAAUGAAUAAACGAAUUUGUAACAAACAGAACACCGACUCUGUGACUUGGUCAUAGCAUUGCAUUUCAAAAUGAAGCGAGAAUGUUUCCAUGAAAUAUAAAAUUGUUCAGAAGUUUCGAUGACGGAGAGAAUUCAACCCCUGUAACUACCUAUGGCCAGUCAAACGUAGAAAGUAUUCACAUCAAUAUCAACAUUUGUUUAUUUAAUCAGGUGUUCUUUUUAUUCUUUUUUGAUUUAUCAUUUCGUAACACCUGUUUACUGUUGACCA